AUGAGUCGUUUGUUAUUUCUUGUCUGCCUUUGUCACAUGUUUACCAUCAUUGUGACGGCACCAAGUCAGCAUAUGAUAUGCAAGAAUGUGGACGGCGUGUUUGCUGAAGACGAAAACGAUUUGAUUCCCAGUCGUGGUUCAGCCCACUCUCGUAGUUUUCAAAGUUUACCUGGAAAAAGAGGCCCUAAAGGCGAAAGAGGUGGAAUAGGAAUGCACGGGGUGAAAGGUCAACAAGGCGAAUCAGGAAUUGUCGACUAUCAAAAAGUUAAUGCCACCGUUGAACAGCUAUUCGAGAAAUUUGUGCAAAAGUCAGUGGCUUCAAGAAUUGAAGAAUUAGAAGAGCGAAUGCUGACCAAACUCGAUGAAGCCGUUCAAAAACUGGAUGAAAAAAUUGAUGAAAUAGACACGAUUUUGUUGGGAUCUUGUGACGGUGUGAGCUAUCUCGGGAAAUGUUACAUAGCUUCAUUACACACUGCAUAUGAUGUCAACUACGAUCAAGCUGUUGCAAUGUGUGGGGAAAGAUCGGGAAAACCAGCAGACAUAAUCGAUUCUCAACAUUACGAUUUGGUUCUCAAAUAUAUUCGAUCACUGAUGUCUUCUUCAUACGCGUCCAUAUGGCUUGCUAUGACAUACGUUCACCAGACGAAAAAAGCUUUACUGUCAAGUGGAACCACUGCUCCAUACACCAAUUAUUACCCGGGAAAUCCUUCAUCUUCGGCAUCUUACACUGGAAUGGAGAUAGGCGUAAGAAAUCCAUCAAGUAGUUCCCAAGGAAUGUUCAACUACGCACGUUCGUAUACCAGACACGGAGUCUUGUGCCAGAAGGAACGAUUUACGCCAAAUUAA